AUGCAAACCGUUUAUCCAUGUCUGUUUCCCAACUGUGGAAAGAGCUUUGCACGUCUGUAUAACCUAAAGAGCCAUUCGAGAACCCAUACCGAUGAUCGACCGUACAUCUGCCAGUAUUGUAACGCAGCAUUUAGCCGGAAUCACGACUUGAAACGACAUUCCAAGAUUCAUGGACAAGAUAAGCCGUACAAGUGUCUUGGAUGUAACAAGGAUUUUUCAAGGUAA